GGCGAAGUGAAAACCCGGAAGUUUAUGCAAUAAAUCUUGUGCCACUGUCCCUUGAUAAAAUCGUGCCGGGGCCUGUGCUGUACAGGUGGGUAUCGUAAGGGUGAUAUACCGGAAGUGCCUUCUGACAUAGAUCACUUGUGCGAUCGGGACCAAGGAGGAACAAUUGUGCAUGAGUCAUCUAGCAAGAGGAGUAACAUGGCCCAAACAGGACUUCAGCGAACUAUUAUGGAUCCGGUUGUGCCUUAUGUGGGGACUAUUUUUGGUGGCCUGGAACCAGGACAGAUGAUCGUAAUACAUGGGACUGUCCAUCCUGAUGCAGAUCGAUUUCAGAUAGACUUCCAGCGUGGAAACAGUGUCCAGCCUCGUUCUGAUGUGGCUUUUCACUUCAACCCUCGUUUUAAAGGGUCCGGACACAUCGUAUGUAACACUCUAGAGAACGAAAAAUGGGGAUGGGAGGAAAAAACAUACCAAAUGCCAUUUACGAAGGGGCAACCAUUUGAAAUCAUAUUCUUGGUCUUUCACGAUAAAUUUCAGGUGUCUUCAAAUGGAAAAAAUCUACUUGUUUACAAACACAGAAUCAGUCUACAACGAGUUGAUACUUUGGGCAUAUCUGGUAAAGUGAAGAUUAAUACGAUUGGAUUCUUAGCUCAACCAACACUUCUUGGUUCACAGCCAACAUCUCUUGCAGGAAACAGCAUCGAAGCAAACAAGGGAGGAUCAGAAAAACCGCGGAACUUUACUAUUCCUUAUACAGGUUGCCUUCCUAGUCCUCUAAUCCCUGGGAAGACUAUGGUGAUUAAAGGAGAAGUACUCAAGAAUGCUAAGAGGUUUGCCAUUGAUCUGAAGCCACACGGUUCCAAGGAUAUUGCAUUACAUCUGAAUCCACGAAUGAAAGAAAGGGUGUUUGUGAGGAACACAUAUCUGCGUGAAAGCUGGGGGGAAGAGGAGAAACAGCUGCUGGACUUUCCAUUUUGCACAGAAAUGUACUUUGAGAUUCUCAUCUACUGUGAUCUACAGCAGUUCAGGGUUGCUGUAAAUGGAGUGCAUCUGCUGGAAUAUAAGCACAGAUUCAAAGAUCUGAAUAAGAUCAAUGAGGUUUCUGUGAAUGGUGAUAUUCAACUACAUGAUGUGCGCAUCUGGUAGAAAUAAUGGCGGCCUUAUUACUAAAGAAAAGACUACAGAUAACGAUGUCAAAACAGCUAUGAAGGUUUUUAAAAUAUUUAUCUCCGUCUAAAGGGAAUAUCACUAAACUUCGGGGACAUCUUGAUGUUGCUUUGAAAGACUUUGCACUUAACUAUACAUUUAUAUAUGUAUAUAUAUUAACUGCUUAACAAAAAAAAGGAAAAUAAAUACCAAUAGAUAAAAUGAUUAUUUGCUAGAUUUACACAUGUAAAUAAUAAUUUAAUGCUACUAAAAAUAUUGUACAUAUACUUUUUACCCUGUACCACAAAAAAAAGUGAUGUGUCAUUGUUUCUGUUUGCUUUUAACAGUCCCGGCUUUGAGAUCAAUGGAAUGAAAAUAAAUGGAUCAGUUAAAUGGCAUUUACUUCCAUGUUAAGUUUUUCUUAGAAUUUAAUUUUCUGUCCUAGCUGUGUUCAAGUUUUUUUUCAUGUUUUUGUAUAAUCAAGCUUUAUUUAAAUAGAAGUAAACAUAAUAAAUGACAAAUUGGCCUCUCAGUGUCUUUGCCAAGUUGAGACUACUGUGUAACGGGCAGUUAUAUUAUAGUUUACCCUGAUCUAGUAACAUUUCCAAUUUAAUGUUUAGGCACCUGUGCUGCACAUACCGUUGAGAUGUGAGUAAACGUUAAGCACAUGAUUCGCUGUCUCAUUCAAAAGCAAUUGCAGCUGAAUAAUAAUUCUGAUAUUUUCAUAUAAAAUGUGUAUUCUCAGCUGUGACCCACACUGGUCAUUUUUGUUCCCGUAUAUGCCCAUAGAAUAGUGCUCCCUGUCAGAUUUUUAUAGUUAUAUAUAGUAUAUAAUCACCCUACAAUAAAUACAGUAUCUGUAAAUAGCGGUUCUAUUCUAGAUACGCCUACUACUACCUGGCUGGUAUUUUAGGGAAGUAGCUGGUUAAAAUUAUGUUUAAUGACUAUUAUUAGGUAAAAAGGUAAAUAUAAAGGAAUGCCAGUAUUAUUUUCCAGAAAGGUGGCACCAGCUGAUGAAAUGAGGAGUUGCAGUUCCUAAAUGAGAUGCUACAUUAAAUUAUUGCAAUUAAAAUGGCUGAUUAUGAGCCUUUUGCUCAGGGUGUAGAGCUGGCAGGAAUCCUGAGCAAGAGUUGCAUCCAUCAAUAGCCAGUCAACUGGGACAACGAUGAUGAUUAAAAUUAAGAUGUAUCUGGUUACACAGCA